AUGAAGACUACAAUCCCGUCUGAUGUUUGGGAAACCAAGCGCGCUCAGAUAUCCAAUCUAUACACAGAAGAGGAAUGGCCGCUCAAGCAGGUCAUGAAGAAGAUUCGCACUGAAGACUUCAACCCAACUGAAACCCAACUACGCAGCAGACUCAAGAAAUGGGGAGUCACCAAGCCGUCGAGGCAAAGACGGAAGAGGCCUGCAAGCCGCCCUACAGAGCGCGGAGGACAACUAUCGCUAUCACCAGCUCAGGAAGUUGAACUGCGCAGCCGCGCCAAUGAAAGCUACCCUCCUCAAUUUCUUGGAUACCCUCAUCCCGCCGGGCAGCCAGUUCACCCAGAAUCAUGGGAUACCCGAGUACGCUGGAUAAUGGCACCUUCUCAUAAUCAUGCGCAUCAACUAAAAGUCGUUCCAUGCUGCGACGGCCGCCGAGCUAGCGCCUCCUCGAAUGCUUCUCUGGUUGAAGGCCCUUGCCAAUCGCCAAUCGGCUACUCUGAUUAUCAUCAUCAUCAUCAUACUCACCCCACAAAUCGCCAAUAUCCAAAUGCAAGCCCAACACAGGGAUCUUCUUCUAGCAUCGAAAGUUGCUCAGCACAAGCAUUCUCCGGAAUCAACCCCAAUCUUACCACCUCCUCGGGUGACAUCACACCAACAAGCGAUGCUGCAUCGGGCGGACUUCCAGCGGGCUGGCAAUCGCCCGAUAGCACUCACCAUGCAGUCCGCACUCCAGGAUCAACCCUCCCAUCUCCUGCCAUACAACCCACAAGCCCAUGGAGCUACCCUACCCCCGAUAUGUGUCAGCGAUGUUCACCCACCAUCUACCCCCUAGACGACUCCAGCGUGGAGCAGCAAGUUAACUAUGUGAAAGAGUAUCUGAACAGCGAAGAAAACCUCUCUUACCCAUCCGUCUUGGAUCUUCCUUUGAACGACGGCGAAAUACUUGACUCAUUCUCCGUGAAAGCCUGGAAACGGCCUUCUUCCAGCGGAGAAGGCUCGGUCCAAUUUUCGUGUGCAGGAGAUGUUUCUCCCUCGCGAGGUUGUCAAAACGCAAAGUCACAACCUCCAGUAACCUCAGCGGCAUGUACCACUGUCGUAACGUCGCCUUCUAUCCUGGCUCUCACCAAUGGAUACCCGAAAAUAGAGUCACCAGGGCCGCUAGACAUUUCUGCUAUUGGGGGGACCACUGACUCCAUGGGACUUGCAUCCCAUCAACCAUACGCAUCCGAUGCUAUAAGCAAUGAGUAUUUGCUUGCAUCUGCCAUAUUAUCUUGA